UUUCUCAAGAAAUGUCAAAAUGAUAAAAGUAUUACGAUUAUAAAUAAGGAAAAUAACAAUGAAAAUUGUGCCGAUGUUUUUGUAAACUAAUAUUAGUCGUGCUUAAAACAAUUAAACUAAAUAAAAUAAUAAAAUAUAACUAAUUUUACGACAGUUGUGAUAUGCCUAAACAAAAAUUAUCACAGAAAGAAUAUCUUAAAAAGUAUUUAUCAAAAAGUGAUGGAACGAAACCGAAAAAAAAGAAGAAACGUUCGAAAACAACAGGCGAAGGACUUAAAAUUGUAGAUGAUGAUGAAAUUGCACCAGCCAAUGGUGCCCAAUUUUCCGAAGAAGUACAAUUAGAUUUAUUACUCGCUGAUGAAGACGCUCCCCAAGUUGCUGAAUUUAUUGAUGAGUCUAAAGUAUUAGCGCGAACUACAGCAAAUUGGAAAACUGUAACUGAUAGUAAACUUAGUGAUGAUCGAUGGGGGAAAAAAUCCUAUCCAGAUAUAAAAGUUGAUGAUGAUUUAAAUUUAUCUAGAAGAAUUUCUGACAAAAAUAGUUCUAAUAAGUAUAGCCUGAAUCAGGAUUUGGAAGAUGAUUUAAAGAAGAAGAAAAAUAGUUUUUCUGAUGAUAUGAGCCCCCCCAGAAAAUCUAGAGCAAAAGAUCAUUUGACACCUCCAAGGAGACACAGAGAGAGUCCUAACAGAUCGAUAUCAAAAAAUAGUGACAAUGAUUUAAGCCCAACAAGAAAGUCUCAUUCUAGAACUCAUGAUAAAGACGAGUCAUCAAAAUAUAAAUAUCGGGAUAAAGGUAAUUCAAGUAAAAAAUCUAAUAAAUCUGAUCAUGACUUAAGUCCACAACGAAGAUCAGAGUAUAAUAAAGCUUCAAAUUUGUCAAAAAAGUUUAUUUCUAAAAUACAUGAGAAAAAAGAAUUCUCAAAGCUUGAACAAAAUGAAGAAAACGAAAGAAAAAAUUCAAGUAAAGAUAAUUUGGGUGGAAAGAAAAAUCAUUAUUCUGAUCUAGACUUGAGUCCAAAACGAAAAUACAGGUCAAAUUCUGAAAUUGACUUGAGCCCACCAGGAGGGUCUGAGAGUAAAUCUUCACAUAAAAAUAAAAAUAAGAGUGACUCUGUUCAUGAUUUAAGCCCACCACGUAAGUAUAAUUCUAAUAAAUGUGAUAAGGAUUUGGAGCACAAUGAGUACAAAAUUAGGGAAUCUAAUCACCGAAAUAAAUAUAGUGAAAAAUCUAGAAGUACUUAUGCUGAAAAUAUGUCACCAAGAAGAUCUAACGAUUUUAAAUUUGGAGGAAAUAAUUAUAACCAUAAGUUUUCAAAUAGAUCUACAGGUUCUAGGCAUGAAAGAGUUAAUUCUAGAAGAAACUCGUCAGAUACCGAUCAGAGCCCUCCAAGGCGAUCUAGGGACUAUGAAAAGAUAUCAAGAAAAUCAAAAAGUAAUUGUAAUGACAGAGAUAACUCCAGAGAAAGGUAUUCUGAUACUGACCAAAGUCCCCCUAGAAAAUCUAAACGUGAAAAUGAUCAAACAUCCUCAGAAAAAAUGAAAAAAACCCUAGAUGGUAAAAUUGCUGGUUUGCAAGAUGCGAAAAGUUUACGCAUUGAAACAGAAAGAAUUCGCAAAAAGGAGAAGGAUCAGCUGCUAAAUAUGAAUGAUGAAAUAUCAGGUCGAUAUGCUAAAACAGUUUCCAGGAAAUCUGGACGAAAGGAAGAAUCCGAAGAUGAAGAUACAAAAAAAGCCAGACUUGAACGUGAAAGGAUUCAUAAAGAAAAAUACUCACGCUGGGGCAAAGGUUUAAAACAAGUUGAAGAGUUGAAAUCUAGAAUGGAGGAAGAUCUACAUGAAAUGAAUAAACCUUUAGCAAGAUAUGCAAAUGAUGAUGAUUUAGAUAAACAUUUAAGGGAUCGUUUGCAUGCUGAUGAUCCUAUGUUGGAAUAUAUACAGCAAAAGCAAAUGGAGAAAAAUGUAAAAAAAGGAAUUCAGGUUAGACCAGAAUAUAAAGGUGCAUAUCCUUCAAACAGGUUUGAUAUUAAACCAGGAUACAGAUGGGAUGGUGUUGACCGGGGUAAUGGUUAUGAAAAACAAUGGUUUGAAAAAAUGAAUGCGAAAAAAGCUGAUGAAGACGAGGCUUAUAAAUGGAGUACCGAAGAUAUGUGA